AGCUCGGCGGAGGAGAGGGAAGACCCUCCCUUUGAAGGGGGAGGAGGCAGCAGCUUUUGGCCCGCAGAGCAAACGAGAGGCUCUGUCCCACUCUCAGUUUCAUUUCCCACCAGUGCUCUCCUCCUUGCCCUCAGCCCUGUUGCGAGGCUCAGGCGCCAUGGCCGAGGCGGGUGCUGCGGCCAAGCUGAAGGACGAGCUGACCUGCCCCAUCUGCCUGGACAUUUACAGGAACCCCAUGUCCCUGGGGUGCGGUCACAGCUUCUGCGAGGAGUGCAUCCAGAAGGAGCAGAAAUGCCAGCGGGGCCCUUCCAAGUGCCCACUCUGCCUUUCCCCCACAGGCCCCACCGGGGAGCUGAAGCCCAACUUCCAUCUCCGCAACAUAGUGGAGAACUUUUUGGACGCUUCUGUUCAUCAAGGGGAGGAAAAGCAGGAAUUGCAAUGCAAACAGAAGGAGGAAAGUUUGGGGCAGCAAGAGGAGGAAAGGCAGGAAGUGCAAUGCAAAGAGAAGGAGGAACGUUCAGACCAGCAAGAGGAGGAAAAGCAGAAAGUGCAAUGCAAAGAGGAGGAGGAAAGUUCGGAGCAGCAAGAGGAGGUGAUCCUGUGUGAUUUCUGCCUUCAGGAGCCCCAUCCAGCCGUGAAGACUUGCCUGACCUGCGAGGCCUCCCUGUGCCAAGCCCACCUGAGCAAGCACAGCACAAAGAACACCCAGAAGAACCACAUCCUGGUGGAGCCCUGUGGUGCCCAGGUUUUGGCUGAGAGGAAAUGCCCCCAGCACGGCAAAUUGCUGGAAUGCUACUGCGAGACGGACAAGGUCUGCAUCUGCAUGCUGUGCUCUGUCCUCAGCUCCCACAGGGAGCACAAGAUCAUCAGUUUGGAGGAGGCUUUUGGCCAAGCACAGCGUGUUUUUCCCGAAACUCUAAAAGAGGUGAAAAACUAUGAAGCUGCGCUGGAUCGAAGCAUAGCAAACCUGCUGGAAAAAGCGGAGGAAGUAAAGGUUAAGGAGGGUCUGCAGUGGCAACGGCUGGAGAGCCUAUUCAAAGAGAUCAGUCUGCAGCUAGAGAAAAAAAAAAAGUGAGAUCCUGAAAGCUCUCAGUGACUAUGAGAACCAACAAGUUUCUCGGAUUCAGAUGGGGAUAAGAACCACGAAAAGCAGAAGGUUCAGCCAGCCAUGAUCUUCAGGAGCUGGAGGCUCUGAGAAAUCAGAAAGAUAUACUUCUUUUCACCAGGGCUUUUACAGCAAUUCAAGCCAGGGAACGGAAGCCUGUUCCUGUCACGGAUGGUGUGAAAGUGCCAAACCCACCUAUUGCUCUGGAUGAAUCAAAAACACGUAAUAUUCUAUGCCUUUUCCAGCAAUUCCUUUCAAACAUGGAGUCCUCAAUUAAACCACCACCUGAGGUGGUGAUUUCAACUCCUCACAGCGGUACAGGUGGACCCCAGCAUCCACAUAACCCACGUGUUUCCUCCCUUUCUGCUGCCCCUCCCCGUGCCUCUGCCUUCUCCCUUCACCCUUCAGCCAGCUCUUCAAAUCCUGGUUUGCCCACUC